AUGUUUACAUCGACGGGGAGGACAGCGCCGCCACAGGCCUUCAUAUCAACCUAUGCGCCGCGAUUGCGCUCGUAUGGAAACUCCCUCAUAUCGCCCAUUGUCCCGCCAUCAAACACGCUGCCCGUGCCGCGCACGACGAAGCGCGGAACAGCUGUAAUCAGCUAUGCGGAAGAUGGCUACGACGACAACUUUGAGGAUGACAGCGACAAUCCGCGCCGCGCGACCGGUUUGCGCAGUCUGCGCAGAGACGAAUCGGCGCUGGAUAAGACUGCGCAGAUAGCAGCCUUGGGCAAGGAGAUUAACACACCCGUAGAUGUGCAGGGCAUCUGGCGCGACUGGAUGGGAAGGCCGAAAUACACGCGCACUGAGAAGCAAGUGCAGGUCCAGGCUGUUCUCCCUGUCACUCUGAUUCCCAUACGGAUCGAUAUGGACAUUCAAGCCUUUCGCCCAGAUGCGCCGCUGCCCACGCCUUCGAACGCGCGCGAAUUCGGCAUCGACGAAACCCUACCAGCAUAUAGGCAACCAGACAUGACUCCGGCCUACCGCCUGAAAGACACUUUCCUGUGGAAUCUGCACGAGGCUUUGAUGACCCCAGACCAGUUUGCCAAGAUCUUCGUGGAUGAGAUGGACCUGCCUGUCGACCGCAAACCAGUUCUCAUCUACAGCAUUGCCACUCAAAUUCGGCAGCAGCUGGAGGAGUAUGCUGGCGUUGCUCUGCACCCGCUGUUCCAUUCGACGACAUCACCAACCGUACAAGGCACCACGACAGCUGCACCAUCGCAGGCCGAGUUGACUCAGGCAGUGCCAUCUCGAGACGGAACCUCAACACCCGCAGCGAUAAUCACGAACGGCGUUUCGACCCCAGUGAUUAAUGGCAAUGCUCCAACGAACGGCACAGCAACACCCGCAGCCAUUCCGAAUGGCAUAAGCGCAUCCGCAACGGCUUUGCCCUCAGAAGAUUUGCACAACCCUGACGAUACAUAUCGCUGCAUUGUCACGCUCAAUGUUAACUUGCUUAACCGGCUGUAUAGCGACAAAUUCGAGUGGUCUCUACUGCACCCACCGGGCUUUGCAGAGAUGUUCGCGAAGGUCACUUGUGCAGAUAUUGGAUUGGCAGGAGAAUGGGUUCCCGCAAUGUCUCAUGCCAUCUAUGAGGCAGUCCUCCGGUUGAAGAAGGAAACUUGCGAGAAUGGAGGCUUGGUCGGGGACGGCGAGAUCGACAACGACGCAGUCGACCCCGUCAUAGGAGCAGGCUGGAGGUAUGACCCGGAGCAUCUAUGCGAUGAGUGGGAACCGAAAGUCGAGAUCCUCUCCCCAGAAGAGAUCGAGAAGCGCGAAGGUGAUAGAGAGAGGCAAAUCCGGAGGCUGAGGAGAGAAACAGCACGAUUUUCAUCCACGGCAAAUAUGACGGGCACACCACAAAACGACUUCUUUGCAAACCCAGAGCAAACGGAGAACAUGGGUCGCGGCGAGCGUAGCAAGAAAAAGAGGCGGUUCAGAAGUCUCAGUCCACAAGGGCGGGACACACCAGACGUAGGCUCCGGAUACGGAGGAUCGGGUGGAGGCCUAAAUGAAACGUAUGUAUAUGCUCUACUAAGUAUCAUUGUCGUACUAACGAUCAAUAGCGAACGGAGGGAAUGGAAAUGCUCCCACUGUCUAAUCUGGGGCGAUGCUGUCUGGGCUGUACGCGACGGUCCCGCUGGUCCGCGAACACUCUGUGCGAACUGUGGGUAUCUCUACGAGCGCGACAAGAAACUUCCCCCCGUGGUCCCACAACCUCUUCUACGGAGACUGGCCGAAGCACUUUGUUCCAAAGUACCCAACAAGGUAGUACCCGCAAGCCGCCUUGUGCUUUCUUUUUCACCAUCAUCCCGUGGACCGGUUUGA